AAUUAGACCAGCUUCUCCUGUUCUCCAUCUCUCUGUCAUUCUUCUCUUCUGCCCCGACUAUCUCUGCUCCCUUUCAAUUCCUCAGUUUCCUCAUCUACUCCCAUUAUUUCAUCGCUUUUACGCCAACAUUGAACUACACUACACUGCACUACACCACGUUCCAUCGCUUCUGCCUUCGUCCUCUCUCCACAAAAUUCAUCUCCAGGGUUUGUCAAAGCCAUGCCGGCGAAGAAGAAUCUACUCAAAGACGUUGUUGUCGUCCUUGCCGGGACCCUUCCUGGCUACAAGCAAGCGGAUGUGAAAGCACUUGUGGAAGGACAAGGAGCUAAAUUCAGUAGUUCCGUGACAAGUGAUUGCACACACCUGGUUACUACCCAGAGAGAAGUGGAUAACAAUAAUUCUAAAUACAAGCAAGCUUGCAAUGUAUACACUUGUAACAUUGUCUCCAUUGAUUGGCUUGUGGAGUCGAUUGAAGCGAAGAAACAACUCCCCGUGAAGACGUACUUGCUAAGCCCAGAUAAGAAAGAUGCGAAUACGAAUGGAAAGCAAGACGAGGAAGAGCCCGUUGACAAGAAAGAGAAAAAGAAACGCACUCUGGAAGAGGCGCUGCACAUCAAUGAAGACACUUCGAACAAAAAGCCUAAAGAUGCACAGACAAUGGGCAACGGCAUCAAGACGUUGAAUAUUCCUGUCGACGAGGGAUGUUAUCUAUCAGGUUACGCAGUUUACAUUGACCCGGCAGGACUGAUCUGGGAUGCCACUCUCAACCAGACUGUUUCUGCUAAGAAUAGUAACAAAUUCUACCGCAUCCAACUAUUGGUUGAUAGGAGUGGUAGUAACUUCAAAACUUGGACUCGCUGGGGCCGAGUGGGUGAGAGCGGUCAAACUGGGCUCUUGGGAACCGGCGCCCUUGAUUCAGCCCAGUACGAGUUUGAGAAGAAAUUCAAAGACAAGUCCGGACUAUCAUGGGACAAUAGACUCGACGCCCCCAAGAAGGGCAAAUACACUUUCAUCGAGCGCAACUACGAGGAGGACUCUGAUGAAGAAAACGAGGACGAGGACGAGGGCACCGCAAAGAAGAUCCAGGAUGAGCCGCCCAAAGUGGAGAGCCAACUGUCUGCACCUGUCCAGGAUCUCAUGGCAUUUAUAUUUAAUCAAAGCCAUUUCAUGUCUGCGAUGGCAUCCAUGGAUUACGAUGCAAAGAAGUUGCCACUGGGGAAGUUGAGCAAACGAACUCUUCGACAAGGCUUCCUGAAAUUGAAGGAACUAUCCGAACUCAUUGCAGACCCUACUCUGGCCACUUCUCAGUAUAAUACGACCUUCAAUGCAGCUGCAGAGGAUCUUAGCAACCAAUAUUUCACCCUAAUCCCUCACGUGUUCGGCCGUAAUCGACCUCCAGUGUUGAGCUCUGACCAACACAUCAAGAAGGAGACCGAGCUUCUCGAGGCACUGACAGACAUGGAAGUCGCAAAUGGUAUCAUGAAGGAUUCAAAGGAUGCCGAUACAGUCCACCAGUUGGACCGUCAGUUCCAAAGCCUAAAGAUGCAGGAAAUGACUCCAUUGGAACGCAGUUCUACCGAAUUCACGGAGCUCGAAAAUUAUCUCAACCAGUCGCGUGCCUCAACCCAUAAUCUGCGCUACAAUGUCAUCAAUAUCUUCCGCAUUGAGCGUGAUGGCGAAAAUGAUCGAUUCAACUCAUCCAAAUACGGGAAGCUCAACAACAGCGACCGGCGUCUGUUAUGGCAUGGAUCUCGCAGUACAAACUUCGGUGGUAUUUUAAGCCAGGGUCUUCGAAUCGCACCGCCUGAAGCGCCUGUGAGCGGAUACAUGUUUGGAAAGGGUGUCUACUUUGCAGACAUGUCUAGUAAAUCCGCCAACUACUGCUGUUCAUACAACAGCGGGGGCAUGGGGCUGCUUCUCCUUUGUGAUGUGGAACUGGGUAACCCUAUGUUAACGCUGGACUACAGUAAUUACAACGCCGAUGAAGUUGCCAAAAAGGAGGGCAAGAUUGCUACCCUCGGUCGGGGUAGUACUGUCCCAGCCGCUUGGAAGGAUGCCGGAUGUGUCAAUCCAGAGCUGCAGGGGGUAACUAUGCCCGAUGUCUCUGCUUCAUCCAAGAAUGCCCUCAGCCAACACUCGCUGAUGUACAAUGAGUACAUCGUGUACGAUGUUGCUCAAAUCCGCCAGAAGUACCUGUUCCAGGUCCACAUGCGAUGAUUUGUAGGACUUUCCAUUCUUUCUCUGGAAAGUGCGAGUACUCUGUGAAGGUGCCCCUCUACUCUCCAGAUCAUAUCGAACAGACCCCUGAACCACGCUAGUGGCCCUAAUAAGACGUAUGGCUUAAGAUCUGGACUUUCGGAGGGCCAGAAGCGCAUCUACAGC